AUGGCAGGAGCAGAUGCCGAGGCUGCGAGUGGCCUCAUAGCAUGUGAAGAGCUCAUGCCUGAGCAGCUUGAGCUCCAGACAGAUGAACCAGCCCGUGUUCAGGGAGUAGCUCGCAAGCUCACUGUCACUCUCGUCACCACGGCUGUGGUGGUCGCCCUCAUGUGGAUGUGUGUGUUGCAGAUUGAGCAAGACAGCACUUCGGCAAUCUCACCAAUGCCCAAGUCUUCGAUCGAGGUUGCAAAUGACAUGGGGGUGCAGCCGUUGCUGGAGCUGUUCGAGUUGAGCGACAUGUCCCCUGAAUCACAUAGUCACGCAAACUCCAGCCUUGUGGCUGAGAUAUUCAAGCUUCAGAGACACCUCCAGGACAUGACGCAGAACCCACUGGCCUUGCCCAUUGCCACUUGCACAGUUGACGUCUACCUGGUGGCAUCAUUUAUAGGGAUUAUCGGCAACGUUGUCAACGGUGCCGUCAAGGCUUGCAAACGCAAGGACAAAUACCGGAGCUUUGUAACACUGGAUCGCUUCAAAGAGGAUCUUCUCAGGAUUGACUUUCUUGAUGAGAGAAAAAAAGCAGCCAUCAUGAAGCUGCUGGAUCAGGGCUGUCGGAUUGGCGUGGAGUCCUCUGUGGCACUUUUCAGUUUCACUGCAGCAUUCCUUGCACGUGCUGCUGCAGACUGUGCCUUGUCUAUGAAGCUCCCGCCGAAUCCAAAUGCCCAAUGUGCAGCGGACAUGGCCCUCCUAGUUUCUGGGGUGUCUUACCUGGCUGCUGGAGCAGAGACUGCUGACGCUACAUGCCCUCCCUAUCCUGGUUUGAGGGACCCCCAAGUGGUCACAGACUUGGUAGACGUCAGUGCCAUUGACAUCGUUGGUGGAUUGUCCAGGAGGCUGGGAAUUGAAAACAACCCCGUGGGAGAAGCGAAGCUUGACGACGUGCGGCAGAUUGUCUUGUCACGCCUGCCUACCCUGGCAAGCUUGGGUGGGUUCGUUCUAAGCAACAAGGAGUGGAUCAAGAUCAGACGGGAGAAGCGCAAGGCCAAAUCUCGAAAAGAGAAGGAGAUCAAGUGUGGAUUUGACAUUGCCGGCCUGCUUGGUUUCGCGGCGGCGGCGGGUGUCUUCAUCACCGCAGGGACUGUCGAAUGUCCCCUUGCAGCCGGUGAUGCCUCAGCGGAGCCCUUCAAGAUGGGCUGCAGCCUCGACAUCUCUGCCGUCAUUGCAGCCUUCACAACCAUUGGCGGCUUUGUUGGCAUCCUCGCCACAGAAUGCCCGGCAGAUCCCAAAAACGCAGCGGCCAACCUUUGCGCUACAGGGAGUUUGAACAUUGUCUCGUCACUCGGAUUCCUGUCAGGCGCCCUUUCAGACGUGAAACGCUCUUGUGGUGCGCAGCCCGCGAGCUGA